CCGUAUGGUGCCACUGCAAAACCCUGCUCUUGCAAACGGCUCCAUUGUUCGCCGCGUUUCUGCUUUUCUGCUAGGCACCGGUGAGUCGCCCAUUAAGGCUGAGGCCAUCGGUGCCAUGUCGCAGACUUGAUCCUGAACUUUCCCCUCGAUUGUGGUGGAGCGAGACCCGGAAGGAAGAUGGGAGACUCUUUCACGACUGAGGCGUUCACCCUCCUUGGCGUAGGCAUAGCUGUUAUCGCAUUGAGGAUUGUCGCGCGCGUGAUUGCGGUAGGCAUCAAGGGCUUCCAGUUCGAUGACUACCUCAUGUGUGUUGCUGCUGUUAUAUACUCUCUCGAAACAGCAACAGCAUACAUCGUCGGCGCCUGGUGGCUCGGACUUGCGAACAAUGGCAUGACAGACGAGGAGCGUAGGACGCUCGAUCCCGAGUCGCACGAGUACUCGCUACGAGUCGGCGGAUCGAAGACGCAGUUGGUCGGCUGGAGUCUAUACACGCUCCUGUUGUGGACCUUGAAGUUGUGCAUGUGUCACUUCUACUUGAGGCUGACAUCCGGACUCUACCACCUCGAGCUGCGUGUUAAGAUUGGCUAUGCACUGAUUGGUGCGACAUACAUUGCCACAGAGCUGUCUGUCCUGUUGGGCUGUCAGCCAUUCAAGAAUAACUGGAAAAUAUAUCCUGACCCAGGCAACUACUGUCAGCCAGCUAUCUCCAAGAUCGACCUAUACGUCACCGUCGUCCUGAACGUCCUGACAGACAUGUACCUCAUAUCAAUCCCGAUGCCCAUGCUGUGGAAGGCCAACCUGGAAAUCAAAAGAAAACUAUCACUCAUCCUAGUCUUCGGAGGCGGUGUCUUCGUCAUGAUGGCCGGAAUACUGCGCUGCGCGCUCAUCAUCAAGGACCCGAUCAACGGCGCACAAGCUGCAGGAAGCUGGGCAUGUCGCGAAACCUUCGUUGCAGUAGUCAUCGGGAACGUGCCGAUGAUCUACCCGCUCACGCGUCGCGGGGUCGAGAAGGUGUAUUCAAUGGCCGGCGCAUCGAAGUAUGGACCUACUUCCCGCAGCAACGGGUAUCGGCAUGAUGGCGACUCGCUGCCUCUCAAGUCCAGUCUGAGCAAGCCUGCGCGUCGCGGCAAAAACCGCAGUAUUCAUGCGCUGCCGACUACAUGGAAUGAUGACCUGGAAAUAGACGGCUGGGAUAGCGAAAGGUCCGGAUCGAUCAGCCACACCAAAUCGCACUCACGAGACACGAGUGUGACUGAGACACGCGAAGCUUUGGGAGGUAUAAAGGUGACGCGAGAAACGAUUCUGCACAGCGAGAUGAGGAAGUCGUGA